AAGGCUGCAAAUUAGCAGUGACUGCCCUGUAAAUGUACAUGUACUUUACGUACAGUUAUUUUUCAGACGGUGUAUGCAACUUAUUGCAGUACUUUCAAUUAUACAUAUAUAUAUAUCAUUCAAAGACUGUUAAGCUGUGUUCAGAGUUUCUUUCUGGUCUGUCGCAUAUUUCUCUAAAAAAUGAUAGAGGAAUUGAGCCCGGAAUGCCAUUGUGUGGAAAAACAACAGCUGUAAUCUGUGGACUUAUUUCUACUUGGGGAGUUGUACAACUUGCUCUGCUCGGCCUAUCUGCAUACCUUCGCAGCCCUGCUCUUAUUGAAGAUAUUAGUAUUGAAGAAAGAGAAUCCUGGACCGAGAGUGAUCUCAAGCUAGCUUUGGAUACAGGAUAUCAAAAAACAGCUUUAAACUGCUGGAUUGCCUCUCUUCUAUACUUCACUGCUCUUUGUGCUUCUGCCCAACAAUUCUGGGCUAACCAUCGUAUUGGAGACGAUCAAUUCAAGGCCACUCAGUUCUAAAUCUUACCAUUGAGACUGUUUGAGUAUUUGGUUGGGUGAAUCGGCGGGUGAGCUUCAUCAGUCUUCUUCCCAACACGUGGGUGAGGGCCUCCAAACUCAGUCAGGAUCUUACCAGCAAAUCCUAAAAUAGUUUCAGUGAAACUAAACUAUCAAAUUUAAAUUUUCAG